GGCGGCGGCGGCGGCGGCGGCGGCGCGGGGCCGCCAUGGCCAAGCAGUACGACGUGCUCUUCCGCCUGCUGCUGCUCGGCGACUCGGGCGUGGGCAAGACCUGCCUGCUCUGCCGCUUCACCGACAACGAGUUCCACCCCGCGCACAUCUCCACCAUCGGCGUGGACUUCAAGAUGAAGACCAUCGAGGUGGACGGCAUCAAGGUGCGGAUCCAGAUCUGGGACACGGCGGGGCAGGAGCGGUACCAGACCAUCACCAAGCAGUACUACCGGCGGGCACAGGGCAUCUUUCUGGUGUAUGACAUCGGCAGCGAGCGCUCGUACCAGCACAUCGUCAAGUGGGCCAGCGACGUGGAUGAGUAUGCGCCCGACGGCGUCCAGAAAAUCCUCAUCGGGAACAAGGCGGACGAGGAGCACAAGAGGCAAGUGGCCAAGAGCAAGGGCUGCUGCAGCUGGCCAGGGGAGUACGGCAUGGACUUCUACGAAACAAGUGCCUGCAGCAACCUGAACAUCAAGGAGUCCUUCACGCGGCUGACGGAGCUGGUGCUGCAGGCACACCGCAAGGAGCUGGCGGGGCUGCGUGCUGCCGCCGUGCCCCCCGACCUGGCCCGGCUGGAGGAGGACGAGCAGCAGCCCCCGGGGGGGCAGGACAGCCCCAAGAGCUGCUGGUGUUGAAGCCCGUUCGUUCCUCCCCCCACACAAACCCCCCGGCUCCCCGCCGCCGCCAGACCCGUUUUGGGGAGGGGGGCUUGGCGUGCGUGGGGGGGUCCCCCAGGCGCUGUUUGCACACCCCGCGCCCCCUCCGCCCCCCGGUUUUGCACACUCGGUUUCCACAAUAAAGGAGAUGCUGGAGCCCCC